GAUAUUUCGAUAUUAUUUGCCCAAGCCUAAAUCAUUUUAAUUUUAGCUUUUCAGUUAAUUUGUUAAUGUAGUGGUUUUCACUAAGUUUUCAGUUUCUAAAUUUUAUUCAACUCGAUGUGAGAUGGGAAUGGCUUCUUUUUCACUUUUGCUUAAACAUGACCCGUUAAACUUGUGUAAAUUUAAUUUUCACUUUACAGUACCUACCUAACAUAGUUAUAUACAAAAGUAGUGAUAAAGGUACAGUUCAUUGUAAGUAAAACCUGAAGGGAUAAUAAGUGUUCUGUGAUGAAUAUGCGUAACAAUUAUGAGGACUAAUGAUGAUUUCUGUGGUUACGAAUUUAGUGAAUUUAAUUGCAACUGUUACUCAGUGGGUAUUUGUUACAGCUUCAGUACUAGGAAAAUUAAUUGUAGCUGUUAUAUCUACAAUUUUUGGUGUAUUUUAUGAAAGUGCACAAAGGAUUUUACUUUUUUUUCAAAUAGUAUACGAGGAUAAUGUCACAAUUUUUACUGAAGAAUUACCAAAUUUGACAAUCUACAUAAUAGAAACUGCCGUUAAACAAUGGUAUCAAGUUCAAAACUACCUAAAUAUGAUGUACUAUGGCUUAGUUGACAAUUUCAAACUAAUAUUUGGUUUAAUUUAUUGGUCAUUUGAAGAAAUUUUUGUAGUUAUUAGUGACAUUUUUAUGUUAUGGAAGAAAACUUUUAUAUUUUUGGGAGAAACAUUGUGGUUAAUGUUGACAUUUAUACCUAUUCACUUACCACAAAUAAUGAGAGAAAUGUGGAUAAGUGUAAGUGGCAGUAUCUAUCAUGUUAUGUUUCAUGCUUACAUGAGCCUAUUACAUUUUACUAAUUUCUUAACUGAUGUGCCUUUGGAAUCAUUCAUAGGAAUACUGAUUACUAUGAUUAUAGUGCGACUAUGCUUACACUUUAGAUUUACGUUAAGAUCUCAAAUGUCUACUGUAUAUUGGAAUUGCAAAAGGAAAGUUUUAUAUCUUUAUUACACAAUUUAUAAUUACUUCAAUGAUUAUGAAACUAGAUUGAUAGCACAAAUGUCUGGUGGGCAACAGAUGACUACUCAAGAAGAGGGUGCUGUGCAAUCAGCAGAUGAGGUUUUAAGUGCCGCAGAAGCCCUUUGUAUUAUUUGUCAAGAACGGCCAAAAUGUGUUUUGAUUUUGCCAUGUCGCCAUGUCUGCUUGUGUACAGAGUGCUGCAUGCGUCUUUAUGGAUAUCAGCGUACAUGUCCUAUUUGUAGGACUUUUAUUUAUCAUUCUGUGCCUGUUUACUUGUGAUAUAUUUAAGCAAAUCAUUCCUUAAACAAAAGAAGAAAGAUGCAAAUGUUAUUUUUUAAAAUUAUAUUCUUCUUCUUCUUUGCUUUUUGGCUUCUCUUAAAAUAAUUCUGCCAAUGUCAAGUCAGUCAUGGGAGUGACAACAAGUUAAAUAAAAUCUUAUUUUUUUAU